AUACUUUUGACUGCGAUAUUCGUUGGCAAUGAAUAAACCCGUCACUGAAAUGAAUCGCAGUUUGAAAAAUAUCGACACACGUGAUUAUGCGCAAGCGCGAUUUCUGAAGGAUGUUGUCUUUGACUGCAGUCCUUGAUUUGUGUUUGCCAUUUCAAUAUCAUAGCAAAGGAUUUCUUAUCAAUGUUUAAACAUUUCUCAAAAUUUCAGAAUAUGCCUGCAUUUUACAAUCUGAUGUGGUGCCUUCUAGCGGUAGUGUGCCUCUUUCCGAGGGCCUUCGGAGAUGCUAACAAAGUGGUGUUCCAGUUCCCAGAAUACGAUUACAAAGAAACCAGUAAAAAUGAACUGGCAUUCCGGGAGUUCGAAUCGGCAUGUGAUCAGAGUGCACGAUGUUUGGCUUUCGAGGGCAUUGAAAAGACGCGAUGUGUACGGGAAUGUGUGUCCCCUUCGUGCUACAAGGAAAUAUACAAAUUUGACGAGCUAGAGGAAGGCGAAAUAGAUGUGAGAUUGAAUUCAUUUCGUGCUUGUUUCAUGCAACGAUUGAACAGAAAUCGUGGUUAAAUAAAAAAUAAGACCAUUGAUCAA